AAAAUUGUAAAAUAAGAUAUGACGAAUUCAGCGACGGUGCAGCAAUUAAUAUUUAAGAAACCAUCGCAGAAGUACUCCUCCCAGGGAUUCGAGAGGCGAUAUCAAUGGAGUCGACAGAAGACCAGCAAUUUGGAUAGCAAUGGUGGUAGCAAUAUCAGUAAUGAGAGCCAUGGUACUAGCAUAGCUUCGAGGAGAAGGCCAUUAUCAUACUACUCCGAGUUACCCUACAAUCAGCCGGUUAGUAUGGGUAGGGUCGAUCCAGCAGGCACAGUGAACACAGCAGACGACGUUUCAGAUACUGCAGAUAAAGAUGACCUCACAGAAGUAGAGGAAGCCUCAGAAAGCAGUACGAUCGGCGAUCAAGGAGAUCAUGAUGACCGCGAAACUAUCAAUGGUGAUAAACAGGCGGGUGAUUCAGAUAGCACAUUUAGGAAUAUACAACUAGACGAAGACAUUUUGAAUGCUAUAACGACCGACGACCAUGACGAUGAUGAUGAUCAGACUUCGCUCAAACAUACAACGUCAAUUGGUGAUUUAAAGUCUGUUCAUGAUACACAGUCUAUAGCAUCGACGACUGAUCAAUCUUUUGUAUCUGCUAAGGAGAGUUUGGAGACGGCCUCAAGUGCGAUUUCAUUUCACUCAACUGCAUCGAAUGUACAGUUUCCGAGUGAAGAUGGCCAUAGAAAAGAAUCAAUUACCUCUUCAUCCUUACACUCUCAUACUAGCGAUGAUGAACUGGAGGCCAAGAAUGCGGCGAACGCUUUACCUGUAUUCAAUGUCGAUAGCAAUGAUGCACAUAACUCAGUGGACCAAGACGACAUCGCAGACAUCAGUGCAGACACUAGUCCCGCGAAUACAACUGUAGAUAGCAUAUUCGACAAUACACAUGUUAGCUUCAACGACAGCCCUUCAACGGAAUUCAAUUCAGUCGUCAGUACAGUCUCACCAAAAGUUCCCCCAGCGAGGAAGAGAAACAUAUCUGCUCAGAGUGAGACUCCAACUAUAAGGGCGUCUUCCGCAAAGAACCUACCUCCGGUUCCCCCAAAGAGAGAAAGACGUAGAGUAGCUUCGACACCGACAACAAAUGUUGAUGAAUCUACAAAGAGACAAUCCAAUGAAGCGAUCCCCGACAGACCAUCAAGUCGAUUGAUUCUCCCGAGCGAAUUUAUAAAACUUCGGAAUGGUUCCGCAAGCAGCAGCGUUAUGAGUGAGUCAACGAAAUAUCCAAAGUCUACUGCAACCUCUACAUCAAUCAGGCCCUCCUCAAGCAUGACAUCUCGGCCUAGAAGUUGGACUGUCAGCGGAGUUGUCCAAUCACGAAGAACGAGCCAAGUGAUGAAACCAACAACAUUUAUCGAUCAAAUGCUACCAAGCAAUGCUUUGGGACUAGAGAGAACGAUGUUAAGCGUCAGUGUAACCAGCGGUGCUGCUGACAAAUUAGCGAAAUCGAGCAAUAGAUCGGUAUUUAGCAGUAAAAGCAACAAAAGAUGGCAAAAGAGGAGAAGUCUUAGUUGGAGUGCUGGACGUAGUAACAGAAACUACACAACCAUGCAAUUUAGCAAACCAAUGAUUACACUCGGCUUGAGUAGUCAUUCUAAACCACCUGAGAAGCUGGACCCUCAUUUUGUUCUCAUUAGGGUUCACAGCACGGCUUUGGAUAACUUUGAUGCUCUCACACUCAUGCGAGGCACUGGUAUAAACAAUUUCGCACUUGAAGAACCACCAGGUCCUGAAUAUGGUUUUAUUCCUGGUAGAAUGGUAUUAGGACAGGUUGUAGAAGUUGGGCUCAAAGUGAAAAAUCUACACAGGCAAGAAUGGGUGUGGAGUUUGUUAUCCACGGAAAAGUCAGGUUGCCUCAGUGAAUACGUCGUUGUAAAUAGAAACAGAGUAGCUGGUACACCUGCAUACAAACCGAGCUUGGAUUUGUCAAGACUUGCAACAAUUCCAUUGAAAGCAUUCGCAGCUCAGACUUUAUCUAACUCCCAUAUGAACCAACUCAAACGAGGAUCCAGGAUAUUGGUAUUGACAGCCAAUUCAAAUCCUUACAACUCGAUAUCAACUUACAUUAUUGAAGAGUUGAAACUUAGGAAGUGCCAAAUAUUCGUACAAACUACAUCAUACGAUGAUUUCGAUUACGGUGCGAACGUUUACGAGUUACAUGGUGGUGUUCUCGACGUCGUUUCUGAUCAACUGGAAGGUAGCUUCGAAAUGGUAAUAGAUGCAAGAUUGUGCUGGAAUGAAAGCGAUAAUCUAGCAACGUUAGACUGUUGCAGGAGGAUAUUAUGCAGGGAUGGAGCAUUCAUCACACUCAUUCCCGAAAAGAUGGAUGUUGAACCUACAACGCACAUAAAACAAAGCAAAUGGAAAACGCUUCUCGGAAUUUUUAGCCUUAGAUUCCGUAAGCAAACAAAACGUAUACAAAAGGUUAUUUUGGAUGUAGCUGGGGAUGAAGAUGUUGAUCAAGCUUCUGGGAUGGAUAUUAGAGACAGGCUUGAGGAAAUAGCAUAUAAGAUAAAUACAGGAGUCUAUUCGACAUUCCUCAAAGAUCAAUCAGCAUCUAACAGCUUCGAAGUUGAGAAUGCUACAACUGCAUUCCAUACACUCGGAUUCAAUGAAAAGGGAACAAACAUUACAGGACAACCAAUGUCUGAUACCGCGAUUGUCAGAAUGCGGUAUUAA